AUGACGGCGUAUGGCUGGCUAUCUUGGGCCGCCAUCAUCCUUCUUUGGACGUCGGAUGUCAUGGGGUGGCAGAUGGACCGCGUAACUUCGAUCCAAGCGCGGGUCCAGGGUGACAAGCCUGUGUGGGAUCCAACUCACCGCGUAUUUGUGUCGCAUCUUGGCGCGACGUUUGAAGAGCAAUAUGUAGCGAUGUUGGACACGGUCAACCUGGCGUCCGUGGAGGGGGUGCUCAAGUACGUCCAAAGCGAAGGCAUUAACCAAAACCUGCUCAACCCGGCGUCGUGCCAGCGCAAAAACAACAUCCAGUACAUUGUGUUUUUCGAAGUCACGUUCGUGCAACCAAGCGCGAGCUUGGCGGUGUAUCAAGGCGAUCCCAACCUCGUGCCCGAGUAUGGACCUUUCGUUGCCAUGGACGCUGGAGCGUGCACGUCCACCACAGCUGACGGUUCGGUUCUAUCGGACGACUGCGUUCGAUACUUUGGAUCGACAUCUAUCCCUGCAGUUGGCCCCAAUGUGGGGGCAGGCGUCAAGAGCUCCGACCCGCGAGCCCCGUACCCCAACACGAUUUGGUUUUCCUACCCCAACAGUUGUGUGAUGCAACCGUGGGAUAAAAAGUCGAGCUCGUGCCGCAAGGACUAUCCAGGGGGGUUAUGUCCUUUUGGGGUGGCCCCCAACGGAAUCAACUGCUCGUUUGCGUACACGGUGCUCGGGUACUUGCGCUUGGACGAUCUUGUGGGCAUUACAAACCUCACAAGCAGCCAAACCCGUCAAUUGUACACGUCGUACUUUGAGUUUUGUCAAGACAAGAAUGGAUUGUACCAAGGAGUCGAGUUCAAGGCCCCCGACGGCGUGUUCGACAACAAAGCGGUCACGUCACUACCAUUUUGGAGUUUGCCGUUCGAUUCCCAAGCAAAUGAAAAGCGAUCGCAAGCCAUGGUCGACACGUACAAUGCCAGAAGCGGAAAAACGCUAGAAGGCACAAUGCGCCCACUGCCCCCCAUGGCAUCCCUUCGAAACCCGCCAUGUUACGCCAACGCGAAGCAGUGUGCAGACGCGCCAUUUGGGUGCCGACGCGACUUGUUGGCCCAAGUGUGUCGCGUGUGUGAGGCACAGGGCGAGGGCGGAUGUGUGAAAACUCCCUCAGGGUUUCAGUUCCCCACUCUAAUCGCUCCCACGCUAGCCCCUACUCCAAUGCCGCUCGCCGCUGUUGCCAAGCCAAAGCCAUUAACGGCGACGUCAUCGAAUGGGACGCCCCUGUCGUCUGUUGCCCUUUCCUCCGGCAGUCAGCCAGGGUUCGAAAUGGCCUUGCGUGAUCUGAUGGUGAUUGCGGUUUCCUCUCUGAGCAUGCAAACCCUCCCCGAGGAAGACUUGUUGGCUGGCGCGCCGACCCCAUCACGGGACGAGGACUCCUUCGCGAGAAACUCCGAUGCUGUUGUGGACGAAUUUCCAGAGUCCGACUUGGUGAGUCGAUUGCGGCUAUUGCUCCUACGUGAAAACGAGUCCUCGUCACCGCAACAGCAACGACGUGACGAAUGGCAGCCGCUGGUGCGCCAGUUGCAGCAAUGUUUGGGGCAAUCCCAGCACCGCCCCCCUCCACGCCCCCUCUAUGCAGUUGUCUCCAACUUGGACAAAUCCACCAACCCCAUCCCAUACACAAAAGUGUCUACCGCAGCGUGGAAAUCGACGUUGCAACGGUUCGAAAGUGCCAAAGUGAAAACGCAGUCCAAACUGGCGUCGAAACGCGCCAGUUUGGAGGAUGCAGAGACUAAAGAGCUGUCGUUUCGACCACACAUCGACGUCAAAAGCCAGCGGAUGGCGGCUCACUUUCCCAGCUUUCACGAACGCCAGCGCAAUUCGGUCGCAUGGCGCGACAACCACGUAGCAGCAGAGCGCGAGCAAAGGCGGUUGAAUGAAGAAGCAGCGCUGCGCCCCGUGCCAGACAUCAAAACUCCCUGUUUGUGUGGCCACCGCAACGUGCCGCCGUCGUCGUCGUCGUCGUCUCCGUCACCCCGACAGCAACAUUCCGACGCGUGUGUUCGGUUCAUGGAGAUCUGUGCGUCGACCAACAAGUCGUUCAAGAUCCAGAAAAAGACCCACGCCAUGCGACGUUCCGUGGAUGACAUGCUCGCUUAUGGUGACUCCAAGUACAUUCGUCAAGUAGAGCGGUCGGUGGCGUUGCAAGCCGCGGAAGACGCCGAGGCGACGUUUUCGCCACGAAUCAACCCCCAGUCCAAAAAGAUCUACAAAGCGAUGGUGCAAGCCGGGCGCACGGGAAAGGAAGCCAAGGCAGUGCCGGUCCGUCCACAAGGUACACCUUGUGAAAGACUUUGAGAUUGUCCAUGUGGUUCUCAUUCUCUGCGAUGGCAAUGGUUGUGACGAUGACAGUGGCAUUCACAUUUCAACCUGUGAUCAACCGCAAGUCGAAAGCAUUGGCCGCCAAGCACGGAAAGGGCGGUGGCGGCGGCGGUGUCUUUGACCGACUGGACCGCCACGCGGACGAACGCCUGUUCAAGCUCAUGCAGUCGCAAAUCACGUCUGCAGAUGCGAAUGUUCGGCAUGCCGACCUGGUCAAGGUCGGCCGCGACGACAUUCAGAUCAAGAGUCUCCUGCACCAAUAUCCAGAUUGCCCCAUGUCUCCUACGCGCGCGCCGCCACCAAAGACCAGGGUAGACGUGGACGUGGUGGGGCUGUCUGGUAUCGAGUUUAUCGUGGGCAACUUUACGAAUGGCCAAGCGGUGUUCCUACCUCGGGAAAUGCACAGCAAACGACACAGUCAUCCGCCUUUGAUGACUGACCAACGACGCAAGACGUCCUUUCAGGCUAGCGUUGAAGGCAACAACACUCGGCGGCGGUCGCUCGGGUCGCCGCUGCAACUGCAUCGUCCCAUGGCAACUUAAUUGAUUGGAUGGAAUAUGAAACCGUCGUUGUGUUGAUUGGCUGCUG